AUGCUGUGCUUCUUGAGGGGCAUGGCCUUCGUCCCCUUCCUCCUGGUGACCUGGUCGUCCGCCGCCUUCAUCAUCUCCUACGUGGUCGCAGUGCUAUCGGGGCACGUUAACCCCUUCCUCCCCUACAUCAGAUACCCAAUUUCUAAAUUGCCGGUAAAUCUGUUCUCUCAGCAGUUCUGGGUGGGACUCAGGUUUGCACUUAAACAGAUUAAGGGGACACUGCGUGGUUUAAAAUCAGGGAAAGUACAAAUCUUAUUACAUUUAUAUAAAACUACUACUGUGUUGUUCAUUAUAAAAAAAUCAAAUGGUGACAAUUCACCAGGGUGCCUUUCUUUUUCAGGUGCAGCCACGAUGUACACAAGAUAUAAAAUAGUAGAGAAGCAAAAUGAAACGAGCUACUUCAGCACUCCUGUUUUCAACUUGGUGUCAUUAGUGCUUGGAUUGGUGGGAUGUAUCGGAAUGGGCAUCGUAGCCAAUUUUCAGGAGUUGGCUGUCCCGGUAGUCCACGAUGGGGGAGCCCUUCUGGCUUUUGUCUGCGGUGUUGUGUACACGUUCUUGCAGUCCAUCAUCUCUUACAAAUCGUGUCCCCAGUGGAACAGCCUCAUGACGUGCCACGUACGCAUGGCCAUUUCUGCCGUGUCCUGCGCAGCUGUUGUACCUAUGAUUGCCUGUGCUUCACUAAUAUCUAUAACGAAACUGGAGUGGAAUCCCAGAGAAAAGGAUUACAUAUACCAUGUGGUGAGUGCAGUCUGUGAAUGGACAGUGGCCUUUGGUUUUAUUUUCUACUUCCUAACAUUCAUCCAAGAUUUCCAGAAUGUUACCCUAAGGAUAUCCACAGAAAUCAAUGAUGACAUUUGA